AAAAAGAGUCGGCACCACUCCAAUAUUUGCAAUAAAUAAUUUUCCUGGAAAUUUUGUAACAAGCUGUAAAGCCUAAAAGCGAGGAAGGCAGGCGGCGACAAAAGAAAAACAGGAUUACAAUAAAUAAAAUUGAAAAUUUGCAAGGUGAUUGUGAUUUAAUGAGAGUGUGAGUGACAACGAGACGAUUUUGCUUGCUGUUUUUGGUGCGUGCGCUGUCAAAGGGAACCAAACAUACACUUACGCCGCGCAAGCACACACGCAGCUAGGAUUGCAACAGUAUUGGUGUAUCCUUUGGCAUUUGUGCUAGCUUGAGACGUUCGACGAGUGAAAAUCGCAUUUACCAAAUAAUAAACAAGUGCAGUUGAAGUCGUUUCGGUUUUAAACGCAAAAAAGCACAGAAAACAUGGAAAAGAGAAUAGAAUUGGAAAGACGCGCUCGCAAAGUGAAUCAGAUCACAGAGCUGAAUCUGGACAACUGCCGGAGUACAAGUAUUGUGGGCCUUACAGAUGAAUAUACCGCAUUGGAAACAUUAAGUUUGAUCAAUGUGGGCCUAACUACACUCAAAGGUUUCCCCAAGUUGCCCAAUCUGAAGAAACUGGAGCUGUCUGAUAAUAGAAUUUCUUCUGGUCUCAACUAUCUGACAACCAGUCCCAAAUUACAAUACUUGAAUCUGUCUGGUAAUAAGAUUAAGGAUCUGGAAACGUUGAAGCCAUUGGAGGAGUUCAAAAAUCUGGCAGUGUUGGAUCUGUUUAAUAAUGAUGUUACCCAAGUGGAGAAUUACCGUGACAAGAUUUUCAACAUGUUGCCAUCUUUAUCCUUUUUGGAUGGUUUCGAUUGUAACGAUGAGGAGACGCAGUCGGAUGGUGACGAUGAUGAUGAUGUAAAUGGAAAUGAUUCCGAAGAAGAUGAUGAGCGCAGUGCGUUCUGUUUAAAUGGCUUAGAAAUCGAUUUAGACGAGCUCGAGGCAUUGGAGCAGCGUGUAAAAGCCAAAAAGCGUUUGCAGGAAGCGCCAGACGCUGCCCAACAGCCGCCGGCAGUUAGCAAUGAAGUAGACGAAUUAGAUGAAUAUUUAAAAGAGUUGCAAUUAAGAGAGGCUUCCUCCACAACGACAACCAAAACUGUGAUAGAGCCAAAACAACCAGCCACAAAUUUUGCUCUUUUACUAUAUUGGUUGUUAGCAAUAUUAAAUCUGGCUAAUGCUGCUUAUUUCUCUGGUGAUGAUGACGAUGGUGAGGAUGGCGAUAGUGAUGAAAGUGAGGAUGAGGUUAAUGGCGAUGUAUCGCUGUCAGAGGUUUACAAUGAUGACCUAGAAGAGGAUAAUUCCGAUUGGGAAGAAGGCGAGGGCGGUGAUGAUGAUGAGGAGGAAGAUUCCGAUAUUGAUGAAGCCGAUGGUGAUGCAAAUGAAUCAGCCGCAUCAGUAAAUGCCAAUGAGAAGGAUGCUGAUAAGCCAGCAGAUGAAUCGCAAGCCCGGGGCAAGAAGAGAAAGCAUGAUGGUUAAGCAGCUGGAUCUACAAACUGUAUCGUCUUUGUACGUUAUAAAUUUAUAUAAAACUACACCUCCACAGACAAACAAACACACAUACAUACACACAUCAUAUUUUGAUAAAAACUUAACGAGAAAACUUAAAAAAAAUAUAUAAUGAAAAUGAAGGGUCCCAUUAGAAGAAUGAAAGAAGAUAAUAUUUGAUUCGUUACAUUUUAAGAAAAAUAUUUCUAAACACACUCAACCCCCAACAAAAUACAAAAUGUAAUAAUCAAAACAAAAUAAAAAAAAAAAGAUGAUACAUUUAAGCGUAUACUAAAAAAACAACUAUAGCAACGGCAUCCAAAAUUACAAAAAUAAAAGAGAGAGUUCCAAUUUAA